AAAGAGAAAAAAAGAAAAAGCGUUCUGUUGAGAAAAGCGAGACGAGGAGCGCAGCGGCGGCCAGAAGGAACAAGUCACCGGCACCGGGGGGGCCAGCGUCCGCGACGAACGAGGAGAGGAGCACGACGAGCCCGACCGACAUCCAACCUCCACAAACCCGCCGUUUUUUUUCCCCACCGCCAGCGUGUCGCAGACCCAUCGAGCGCAGAUGGACACCCGAGGCCCCACUGAAGAGAAACCUGUCCAGCGAUCAAAGUCCUUCAGCUUUAAGACUCAAAAGGAAGUCUGCACCUCAUGUGAGAAGACGGUCUAUCCAAUGGAGAGAUUAGUUGCCAACAACAUGGUCUUCCAUACGACAUGCUUCUGCUGCAAGCACUGCAACGCCAAACUCAGCCUUGGCACCUUUGCGGCCCUGCAAGGCGAAUUUUACUGCAAACCCCACUUCCAGCAGCUGUUCAAGAGCAAAGGCAACUACGACGAGGGCUUCGGACGCAAACAGCACAAGGAGCUCUGGGCCUCCAAGGACUCGGACAAUAUAACAAAGACGGCAUAAUCAAUGUCUCGCCGUGUCCCCGCCCCCGGGGUCUCUGCCUCUUCUUCUCCUUCUUCCUUUUUGCCUCCUCCUCCUAACUAACACAUGAUCUGAUACAUGAACACGAUGAACACACGCCUCGUACGCCGGGGCCUCUGUGAAAUCACCCACACGCUCACUCCGCUUUUUAAAAAUGCCACCACGACAGAUACAUGCACAAACCACUAGGGAAAAAAAGACUGGCCAGUCUUUUUGAAUCCAUACCACUUAAGAAUUUACCUUGUAGGGAUUAUAUCCUGGGGUUUGCUUUUAUUGAUGUUUUUUUCUUAAUUUUAUUUCUCCAAAUUUCCUGUUUGGAAAAUUGGUUGUUGAUUGUGACCAAAAACUUUCUAUGGUAUGGGGAGUAUAAUGAUAAUAAUAAUACAUUUUUAUUUUCAUUUUUUAUUCUUUUUUAAUAAUUUGCACCCAUUUUUUUUGGAAUAUGUCAACUGUAUGCUCAGGCAAACAUACCGGAGGGGUUUUACGGCACAUCCAUUGUUUUUGCAGUCGAGCAUACACUCAGGAUUUAAAAAAAGAAAUAAUACAUAUUUCCUCAUGUUAGCAAAACACAAAUCGAAAUAAUAGUCCCUCAGUAUUGUGACUUUGCUGUGACAAUGUCAUUUUGUCAGGUUUCAUAUAUUCGAGGAACAAACAGGGUACAGAGUACUGUAACACAACCGCGCACAUCAGCAACGGCUCACCUCUCGUUGUUGUCUUUUUCUUUUUUUUUUAGGUUUUUCUUUUAUUAUCAUUCGCAUAAAUCCCUAGGUUUGUUCUUAUCUUAACGACCGGGUUGAGUCUUAUCGUUGCAUGUUGGUAUGACUGAGUCUUUAAUAGCCUUAUCUCUUAUGACUGUAUCUUUUUGUGUUGUGAAUGAUAUUUUUUGUCUCAUUGAUCCAUAGCAGAUCACUUUUUAAAUUUUUUUUUUUUUUUCACAAAGCACUUGAGUUUGGAUUUGAUUGAUGUCAUGGGCAUAAGUUGAUCCUCUCUGAGGCUUUUUUCCGGUCGAAAAAUUCUUAUGGAAUCAUCAAAUUGUGUUUUGUAUACUAUCUGUACAUAGAGCUGUAGUUUGUGAUUAGUGAACCCCCCCCUCCCCCUCCUCAUGUUGUGCUCUCGUCUCGCACACGUCACACACACGUGAUCACCAGACGAGAUGCUGGCGAUCGCAGGGAAACACUCCAUCGUAUGAAACGUUUUUUUUAAAAACAGGAGCUGUAGACACGAGGUGAAGUUGCUUCAUUUACAGUUCUGUGCUACAAAAUGUGGAUGUUGAUGGACAAAAGCUUAAGCCUUGCAAAGGAACCACACAAAUUUGGUUCUUUCAUCACUUCACACUUAGUUAGUUCUCGGCUUCAUCUUCUGAUGAUUUGCCCCCUUUUGCUGUAUUUGAACGUGUCCUUGUUACUUGAUAGUUUUUGGGGGUUUUUUCAGGGACAUGAACAGAUCCACUUCAAUCGUAGUGUCUUGAGCACCCAUUGUUAUUUGUUCUCCCAGUCUCACCCCCCAUAAUUGUGGGCAGGUGUCCUUUUAAAAAAAAAAAAAUGUAAAUGCCUUUCUGUUCUCAACUCAUGUCUUAUUAGCUGGAUACAUCUUAGUACCUGGACCUAUUUCUUAAUAUUGAAUUUACAGUAGUUGGCCGAUGGAGUAAAGGCAUAUUUUGUCCCCUCCUGCUGCAUGCAAAAGCCCAGUGCAGAGCGCCCCCUGCUGGGAUAAGUGUGACAGUGUCUAGUAGUGUAAGAUACGGAAAAAGUAAACUUUGCCCUAAGAACUUUCAAAACAGAGCCUUUUAUUUGAUUUUUUUUUUUAAUACGUUGCCUCAGCUCGCAGUGCAGCUGCUGCACUCCAGCCACUUUCUGAUCGUAUUUAAUUGCAACACUUAAGAGAAAUAAUGAAUCCAGUUAAGACAAGCUCUCCCUCAACUGUAUUUCAUUCUGUACAAAGAAUGAGUCUUAAAAGCCAUUCACAAGAAAAAUAAUAAUAAUCUCAUUAUAGAAAAUGUCUGAAUACCACUGAGACUUCUUGACUGACACUUGAAUGACACAAAGUACGUUUUGUGACUGAAGGUUUACUGUGAAUCUGAGCAUGCUGUGCAGAACGUAAACAGAUGGAUAUUUGCUACUUUUUUUUAAAGAUAAGCCUUAGAAAUUAAUAGCUGAUCUUACAUGCUUUUCUUCCUUCUUUAUUCAAACUUGACAUUUUGAGUGCACAGAUCUUUACAAAGAAAUCUCCUGAUCAUGCCUUUAAAAAAAAACUAAAACCUGGCUACUCUUGAGUCCCCACUCUUCUAACAUCUUCACUUCACUCUACCAGCAGCCAUUUCUUUCCCUAUGAAAACCACUUUUUAUCCACAUGUAAUGUACGAUAAUUAAAAUUCUUCUAUGUGUGAUAAUGUAUAUCCUCUAUUUUCAUUUUAAAACGGCCCCUCUGGAUCCCUGUGAAUGCUUUAAAAAUCAAAAAGUAUUGUAUUCUAAGAUUGCUGUCUUUGUCAUUCUCCGUUAGCAGUUUGCCAAGGUACAGCUGCAAAAAUCCGAAAUGGCAACUUCUCAAAGUGUAACAAGAGCAGACGAGGUACACUUUACACUGGUGCCAAGAGGCUCAGGUGAAUGACUGCAGUGUAACGUUUGUUAUUUAAAUGUUCAAAUCUGUGAGUCAUUUCAUUUUUGUGCUGAACUUGAUGUGGACUUCUUUUCAAAUGCUGUUGUCACUGAGACAUUUUAAAUGUAUAUGCAUCUUUGGAAAAAAAAAAUGUAUUCCGUGUUACUGACUUGACCUGUGGAUUGAGGUGGCCUUACAGCAAAAGGACGUUUGGACUUGCGUUUGCAGUCUUCGCUCCUCUGUUCUCCCCCCCUUUCUCUGUUUUUCGCUUAUUUGUGGUAUGAUGAAACAUUUUAAGAUGUAAGCGGCCCCACGUUCUGCCCAAAUAUACACAAUCAUUUUGUGCAUUUUCUUUUUAUCUUUUUAUUUUUACAUGCUUUUGGAGAAAAAAAUAAUAAAAUUGCUGGUGUUGAUUUAA